CGCGCCCUACAAACGUGUUCAUAUUCAUAUAUGAAUCGCGGUCUUUCCAAUCUAGGAGAAAGCAAGAAAUAUAAGGCCAUAUACUAAUAUUCUAAACAUUAAAUCCAGACAGUCCACGUAUUCUAGAUGACGUUGCGGAUAUUCAAAAUUGGAUGCGCUUAAGGUCAUAAUCACCGACUAAAGACUUGCACGACCAUUUUCCGCAUAAACAAGCAAAUCCGUUGUUGAUCUCUUCGUCAUCUCGACCACCUUUCCUUCUCCUAUAAAUUCCCACUGCCAUAACCCACUCUCUUCACCAUCAACCCAACCUAGCUAAACAAACUACUACUGCUUCUUCUUCUUCUUCUUCUCAAUCAUCUUCUAAAGCAACAAAAAAUGGGAGUUACCACAGCAACCCACGAGUUCAAGUCCUCCAUCCCAGCCUCAAGGAUGUACAAGGCCAUCAUCCAAGACUCUCCCACCGUCUUCCCCAAGUUCAUGCCACAAUACAAGAGCGAGAUCGUCCACGGCGAUGGCGGCGUCGGCAGCAUCCUCCAGACUUGCUUCGCCGAUGAAGGGAACCAAGUGAAGGUUGUGAAGCACAGGGUGGAGGCCAAGGACCCGGCCAACUUCUACAGCAAGUACACCUUGAUCGAAGGCGGCGCGUUGAGCGACAACGUGGAGUCGGUGGUGAACGAGGUGAAGAUUGAGCCGGCCGGCGAUGGGUGCGUCGUCAAGGCGAUCAACCAUUACCAUACCAAGGGAGAGGCUGACAAGGCUUUCAUUGAGAGCAUUGGACAGCAAACUCUGGGCGUCUAUAAGGCUGUUCAGGACUACCUCUUGGCCAACCCCACCGUCUGCGUUUAAUCGAGUUAUUCUGAUCAACUGAUCAAGUUUCGCGUGGAGUGUUUAAGCAACUACUUAAUCCAUAAUAAAAAAAAUAAGAAUAUGGAGGGUGUAUACCAUAUGUUGAGGAAGUAGUUGCAUGUGUGGUUGUUUAAUUUUGUGGUCAUAAUUGUGGAGUGUGUGGUUAUUUGUUACUCUAAUCGUAGUGCUUGGUUGUGCUUUUCGAUCGUGUAAUAAAGUGUUGGUUUCAUUCGUCUUUCAUGUACUCAAGGUGAAGAGUUUUGGAUGAUCAAUAUAUAAACGGUUUGACUAUAUGGUUUAUCUAGUUAUUCAACUAAAAGGAGAUAAUAUUUUGCAUUAAGAGAACUUUACGUCGGUUUUUAAUCAUAAGUUUCUAUUAACUCGAUAGUGACGUGAUAGUGAUGAAAAAACAAAUAUCUAAAACAUUUAGUGUUCCAUCCUUAACUCAUAUAUAUAGUCGUUGAUAAAAUUUAAUAUGCCUAGAAUUCAUGGCUGACCUAAUUCAAGCGAUUAAAAAUUCCGACAAUAAACUGCCAAGCGGGAAAAAUUGCAGUCAAUAUACAGAGUCGACUUUGAACCAUCGAUUCAUUUGCUAGUUUAAAUUCCAAGUCGUUUAGGUAUAUUUUCCAAGAUAAUGCAAAUUAAAUCACUUUUUGAACGACACAAUGAGAAGUUUCUAGAAUAAAAAAAUGUUAAUUUAAAUUGACUAUUAUGACCUCUUAUUUACCAUCCCUGAUUUCCAGAAGGUGAAGUUCUCGUAGCCGAAGGGGAGAGAGGUUGGUUUCGAGAUCUUGGAUCGGGGUACACUUUAGUUUUGGUAUAGAAUUUGAGGAAUUAUAAGAAAUAAUAUGGCAAAAUUGGAUUUGCAUGCUAACCUCAUCAUUAUCAUGUCACGUAUUUAUCAAUCAAUUACAAAUUAUCUUAAAUAUAGAUGAGGAGGCAUCUAUGAUAUAUGUCAAAUUUCGGGUGCAUAGAAUAUAUAAUUAUCAUUUAUAAAUGGUGAUGAAAUCAUUUGUAAGAAUUAAAAAAUAUUCCAUUAAUGGUAUAAAUGGAUGUUUACCAUUAAGAAAUUAAUUUUAUAUAUUUAAAAAUCUUUACACCAUUUGUAAUGCUUAUGGUGCAUCAUAGACGUGCUCAUAUAAGCAGACAUUCUAAUGUAUAUAAUACGCUAUAAAUUUUUACAUAAAUUAAAAUAAAUCUCUACCUCUCCAACACAAAUCUCUAACUCAUCUUUGAUCCCAACCGUGAAGAUAUGUGUUGGACCCACAGAUCUCUAAACAACCGGUAUCUACAGUUUUUUUCCAAUUUGAACUCAUAGUAGCCGAAAUCUUUGUUACGCCACCGGAUACAAGUGGAGUUCACCAGCUAUGCUAAUGGUCUUGAUCACUUGAUUUGCUAAAAUGGGAAAAGGUCUGUCGAACUUAAUUAGAUCAUUAGAUAUUUAAAAUAUUAAUGUUGAAAAUGACCACCAAUCUAGAAUCCUUGGACUAACUCGAAAUCCAAGACCAAAUAUAUAUGAGCAUUAAAUUUUUGGACCGACCCUACUAACUAGAUAUGUUUUUUUGUAUUCGCAUGCCAAAGGAGCACUUCUACUAUGCUAUAUAGCAUCGGUGUUUUAAUGUACAACUUAAAGUUGUACCAUAAUAUUAAAUGUAUAAGUUUAGG